AUGGAUGAGCCAUGGGAAAAUUUGCUAUCUUAUUUGGAAAAGGGUGAGUGGCAUGACAUAGACUCUCUCCUGGAAGAGUUCAAGGGAGAAAAUUCAUUAUAUUGGAAAAGUCAAUCUUUUGAUUCAAAUUUCACUAGAGAAAGCAUCUCCCAUCACAGCAACAACAUGGGCAAUUCUUCAUCUUUGGAAGAGAACAUUGGCUUUGAUAACACUACAAGUCUCAAACAACAUGCUUCUUUGGAGAAACCUCUCUUAUCUUCCUCAGAGUCCUAUGUUCUCUCUUUUGAGGACUCCACUAUUGUGCCAAACUUUCCCAAGAAAACAUGCCAUCAUCAUAAACAGGAGAGCCAGGAAAAACAUGACAACAGAAAACUCAAGAGGUGUAGAAGCUUGUCUCAGACUCAACAUCAUAUAUUGGCUGAGAGAAAGAGGAGAGAGAAUCUCACCAGAAUGUUCAUCGCACUUUCAGCCAUUAUUCCAGGGUUGAAAAAGAUUGACAAGGCUUCUAUCCUCAACUACACUAUCGAUUAUGUAAAGUAUCUUGAAAAGCGUGUGAAAGACUUGGAAGAAGAAAACAAGAAGAAAACUGAAUCCGUAAUAUGCUUCAAAAUGAAAAAAUCCAAUGUUAGUGCUGCCCCUGAUGGCUUAGAUAGACCAAUUAAGAUAUGUCCCAAAGUUGAAACAAGAGUAUCAGCAAAAGAUGUACUCAUCAGAGUUAUGUGUGAGAAACGAAAGGACAUUGUACCUAAGCUACUGGCCAUGCUUGAAACCUAUAGUCUCUCCAUAGUUUGUACCACUGUUUUGCCGUUUGGGAAUUCUACUUUGAACAUUACCAGCAUCGCUCAGAUGGACCAAAAUUUCAAUACAAAUAUAGACAACAUAGUGAAAGUUUUGACCGAGGAUUUGUUGAAGUGUUGUAACUUGCAACGAGUUUGAACCACGCAGGGAUUCGAAGGCAGC